CUGCUGCUAGCAAAGGUGCAUCAUCAGUCAUUGACGGGCCCAGGCAGAGUGGCAGAAAAUUGCAUUCCGGUUUUGUCUACGUGUUUUUCGCUAGAAGUUCCCAUUUUUUCCCACGGGCGGCUGGCGACGGUUUUGGACCUGCUGUGGACCCAGGGUAUCGGGAAUUGGUACUGCCAGUGAUUAAAGUGUCGAAAGAAAACGCGAUUCACUGCUGAAUCUGUCCCGUUGUCGUGACAAUCGAAGGCAUGAAAUAACUUCAAGAGGUGGCCAUUUCGAUUCUGCGUCUGGAAAGUAACUUUCGAUAAGAGCCGUCAUUUUGCACCAUUUUCGUUUGGAGUUUAACAUCGUAUCAUGAGAGUCUGGGUUGUUCCGUUGUUGGCAAUCCUGUUGCUGGCCCUGGCCAGGGCCGAUGAGCACAAUCAUAUAUAUGCGGACCAUGAAGAGGUGGUCCUCUGGAUGAAUACGGUCGGUCCCUAUCACAAUCGGCAGGAGACAUACGCUUACUUUUCGUUGCCCUUCUGCGUGGGGACCAAGAAGACUAUCAGCCACUACCAUGAAACCAUGAGCGAGGCCCUGCAGGGAGUGGAACUGGAGUUCAGUGGAUACGAGAUCGAUUUCAAGGAUGACAUCUCGCCGACGGAAAUCUGCAUGGUCGAGCUGAACGAAAAGUCGCACAAAGCCUUCGUCUACGCCGUCAUGAACCAGUACUGGUACCAGAUGUACAUCGACGAUCUGCCAAUCUGGGGCGUGGUAGGCAAGGAAGAAGACAAAAAGUACUACAUCUACACCCACAAAAAGUUCGACAUCAGCUACAACGGCAAGCAGAUUGUGGACGUAACCCUGACGCCGGAGAAGAAGGAACUGCUCAAGGUGGGCGCCAAGAUCAAGUUCACCUACGAGGUCAACUGGAAGCCGAGCAACGUCAAGUUCGAGGAUCGGUUCGAUAAGUAUCUGGAUCCGAACUUUUUCCAGCACCGCAUCCAUUGGUUCAGUAUUUUCAACAGUUUUAUGAUGGUGAUCUUUUUGGUUGGGCUGGUGUCGAUGAUUCUGAUGCGUACCCUGAGAAAAGAUUACGCCCGAUACAGCAAGGACGAGGAAGCUGACGAUAUGGAGCGAGAUCUCGGUGACGAAUAUGGAUGGAAGCAAAUUCACGGAGAUGUUUUCAGAUCCGCUUCCAAUGGAAUGUUAUUCUCUUCGUUGAUCGGUGCUGGAUACCAAUUGACAUCAGUUGUACUUUGUGUUAUCACUUUCGCAAUUUUGGGCGAACUCUACACAGAACGAGGAUCGAUGCUCUCGACUGCAAUUUUCGUUUACGCUGCCACGUCUCCUGUAAACGGAUACUUUGGAGGUUCGCUGUACGCUCGGAUGGGUGGUAAACAGUGGAUCAAACAGAUGAUUCUUUCGGCCUUUAUCGUACCAGCGUUGGUUUGUGGAACAGCCUUUUUCAUCAAUUUCAUCGCAAUUUACUAUCAUGCUUCAAGAGCGAUUCCGUUUGGCACAAUGGUUGCAGUAACCUGCAUAUGCAUAUUCGUCAUCCUUCCACUGACUCUGAUCGGAACCAUCGUGGGUCGCAACCUGGAUGGACAACCGGACUAUCCUUGUCGAGUGAAUGCUGUCCCUAGACCUAUCCCAGAGAAAAAGUGGUUUAUGGAACCGGCAGUUAUCAUUUUGUUGGGAGGCGUUUUACCCUUCGGUUCAAUUUUCAUCGAAAUGUAUUUCAUCUUCACCUCGUUCUGGGCGUACAAAAUCUACUACGUGUACGGGUUCAUGCUGCUGGUGUUCUUGAUUCUGAUCAUUGUGACCGUUUGCGUGACGAUCGUGUGUACCUAUUUCCUGCUGAACGCCGAGGACUACCGAUGGCAAUGGACCAGCUUCAUGUCGGCAGCUUCGACGUCAAUCUACGUGUACAUCUACUCGUUCUACUAUUUCUUCUUCAAGACAAAGAUGUACGGACUGUUCCAGACGGCGUUCUACUUCGGCUACAUGGCCCUGUUCUCCGGUGCGCUCGGUAUCAUCUGCGGCACGAUGGGCUACAUCGGGACGAACAUAUUCGUGAGGAAAAUCUAUUCGAAUGUGAAAAUUGACUAAAAGUUCGCAUGCUUGGUUAGUAGUUUUAUACGAUCACACUAUUAAACUAUGUUUCCUGUUAAUUUCUGUUACGCACUAAGUCUGAUUCCACAUUACAACAAACAAAGCCGAACAGGAUGGUUCUGACGCCUGUUCCCGUAGAGUGGCAAAGCAACCGAUCGAAACUGAACAAUUCUUACAGUCCACUUCAGAAAUAUCGGUGGCACAGUAUCCGUUUAUUUGAUAUAGGGCCAUCAUAAUGAGAAUGAGCUACCACAAAAUAAGCUACAUUAUAGAGAGGGGGGUCUCACUUAUCAACCGAACACGUGAACGCGAGCAAUUAUAUAGGAGUAAAUUUUCUGUGUUUUAACCAUAAGUUAUUAAUAUGUUGAAGAGUAGGAUCAACCGACGACGACAAUGCGUACUAGCAACGAGAGGCAGGCGGCAUUCUUCGUCACCUUUCAUAAUUAAAACCUUUCUAAUCAAAAACAGGAUGAUAAUAGUUUAACACUUUCUUUCGAGUUUAACUUUAUUUGAGAGAAAACUUACAAGAUCCUGUAACACUGGUUGAACCAAUUCGUACUGACUAUCGCCGCGUAUUUAGGAACUACUGAUAGUGUGUAGGAGUGAAUAGUAGCAUAAAGAGAGUGAACAAAAUCGUGAACAGAAUCCAGCACAGUUUUCGGGUAAUUUGUCAAGGGCGAAGAAGUGCAGAUAAAUAGUUAAAUAAAUGUAUUCUCAUGCAUGCUUCUUCUGGAUGUGCUACGAAAGGCAGUUUUUAUUUGAGAAUUAGUGAAUGAAUAAAAACUUAGAUACUGAACAAAUCAA